GUAUAUUAAGUCAAAUAAAAUCUCUCCUCUCCAAACUAAACACAGGUCGGAUGUGUGCGAGGCAGAACCUGAGCCGCUUCUGGUUUUGCGCAGAGAGGAUGCUUUUGUCUCUCCAGCUCACACCUGGAACAAGGAAGCAGUGAGAGCUUUUUUAGUUUUUGAGAUAUUUUGAGAUAUUUUGCUUACAUUAGAAACAAAUAAGUUAUUUUCCUCGCGUGGCUUUUUAAGGACUGACACUGGAAUAUGCGCGUUUUGCUCGCUAGCCGGACUUGAUGUGCGGUCAGACCCGGACCUGUAGCGCCACCUGUGACCAGUCAUUUGCGCUGUGACCGAAGGACACGUGGUUUUUGGCACAAGAGUUCUCAACCGCCUGCACUUAUUUAUCUAUUUAUUUGUAUUUUUGUAUUUUAUUUGCACAAACUUUCCUCAUCAGAUAAGUGCGGCACAUUUCAGUGUUCGUGCGCACACAGGAGACUCAGGGCGUGACGAGCGCACGGGCAGCUUCGGGCUCCGUGUGGUGUAAACGAAGAUUAAACACAUAACCCCCUCCCAAAAAAAAAGUCCAGCCAUCAACAAUGACGGACGGUGCAAGACAACGGACCAGCACGUCCGGCUCCGCCAAGGAUGCUGCCGGCGGGGGCGAGUCGGGAGGCGAAGUGGCGCUCAAGAAGGAAAUCGGGCUCGUGAGCGCCUGCGGAAUCAUUGUUGGUAACAUUAUCGGCUCAGGUAUCUUCGUCAGUCCGAAGGGAGUGAUGGAGAACGCCAGCUCCGUGGGCGUGGCCCUGAUCGUCUGGAUCGUCACGGGCGUCAUCACGGCCAUCGGGGCGCUGUGCUACGCCGAGCUGGGCGUCACCAUCCCCAAGUCGGGGGGGGACUACUCCUACGUCAAGGACAUCUUCGGAGGGCUGGCCGGGUUCCUGCGUCUGUGGAUCGCCGUGCUCGUGAUCUACCCGACCAACCAGGCCGUGAUCGCGCUGACGUUCUCCAACUACGUCCUGCAGCCUCUGUUCCCCACCUGCUUCCCGCCGGAGAGUGGCCUGCGUCUGCUGGCCGCUGUCUGCCUCUUGCUGCUGACGUGGGUGAACUGCUCCAGUGUGAGGUGGGCCACCAGAGUGCAGGACGUAUUCACCGCCGGCAAGCUGCUGGCCCUCGCCCUCAUCAUCGUCAUGGGCCUCGUGCAGAUCUGCAAGGGAGAGUACUACUGGCUGGAGCCAGCCAACGCCUUCGAGCCCUUCCAGGAGUACGACGUGGGUUUGAUAGCCUUAGCCUUCCUACAAGGCUCCUUCGCCUAUGGAGGGUGGAACUUCCUCAACUACGUCACAGAGGAGCUGGUGGACCCUUAUGUGAACCUUCCUCGCGCCAUCUUCAUCUCCAUCCCCCUCGUCACCUUCGUGUAUGUCUUUGCCAACAUCGCCUACGUCACGGCCAUGAGUCCCCAGGAGCUGCUCGCCUCAAACGCAGUUGCUGUGACCUUUGGUGAGAAGCUGCUGGGAGUCAUGUCGUGGAUCAUGCCCAUCUCUGUGGCUCUCUCCACCUUCGGGGGAGUCAACGGAUCCCUCUUCACCUCCUCGCGGUUGUUCUUUGCUGGAGCCAGAGAGGGCCACCUCCCCAGUCUGCUGGCCAUGAUUCAUGUGAAACGCUGCACUCCCAUCCCGGCUCUGCUCUUCACCUGUCUGUCCACCCUGCUCAUGCUGUGCACCAGUGACAUGUACACCCUCAUCAACUACGUGGGCUUCAUCAACUACCUCUUCUACGGAGUCACCGUCGCCGGGCAGAUUGUCCUGCGCAUUAAACAGCCCGACAUUCACCGGCCAAUCAAGAUCAGCCUCAUCUGGCCGGCCAUUUACCUCCUCUUCUGGGCCUUCUUGCUCAUCUUCUCCCUCUACUCUGAGCCCGUGGUGUGCGGCAUCGGCCUGGCUAUCAUGCUGACUGGCGUCCCCGUCUAUUUCCUGGGAGUCUACUGGGACAACAAGCCACAUUGCUUCGACGCCUUCAUUGAUAAGGUGACGUACUUUGGCCAGAAGUUCUGCGUGGUGGUUUAUCCGGCCAUGGGUAAGAGCGUCGGGAGUGGAGAGGGAGAGGAAAUGAAGGAGGCCAGGUCUCCUCUGUCCAAGGAGGACGGAGACAACCACAAGUCAGGGGACUGCUAAAAAUCUCCAUCUCCCACCUGCCCCCAAAAUAUACAGACAUAUGCAGACGCACACACGGGUGCGUACACACACACACACACACACACAUACAGCGAACAUACACCACAGUUUGUAGUGUAUUUACACUCUGUCUUAAAUAUUUUUGGUUUGGUUUUGUAUCAAUCAAUAAUUUCUGUGCCAAAUACAGCGGGAGAUAUUUUGAGUUAUACGACCUCAAAGUUUUCUGUCUGGGGUCUUUCAAAAGUGCAUUAAAGAAAGGUUAGCGCCUUCUCAGUACAUGACUGAACAGACUACUCUUCUUCAUCAUCUUCAUCCUGCUUCUCCUCCUCCACACACUCCUAGUGUAGUCGUAUUUUUUUUAUCUUUUUAUCAAAAGACUCUUACUCUACUGUCAUGGCUACGCAAACACCUUUUUUUUUUUUUUGCUUUGUUUGCGACUUUGUAAGGGAUGUUGCUUUGUCAUCCACUCAACACACCAAAGCUGUAUUUUGGGUAUUUUGAUUUUGAUUUUGAUUGUCAAAGCAGAAAAUCCGAUCAAGUCAUUUCGUGUAGUGAAGUUCACUAAGUACUGCGUUGUUUCGAAGCUGACUGUGACUCCGAAAUGUACGAUGAUUGUUUAUAUAAUUUGAUGUAUUUUGUUAUUUUACUUUACUCUUGAUUUUAGUUCUGUUGAUAUUCUUUUUUUCUACUUAAGGUCAUACACAUCUGAGCCUAUUGUUUUUUUUACUCUUGUGGAGGCGUUCACCUGACAGCUGAUGUGUGAUCUGUACUUUGUGUCGGUAAAUGUCGCACAGUUCUUGUUAAUUGCUUUAAUUUAGAAGACAGCCAGUAUUUGGGCGCCGAUGCGGCUCUGUUUAUGACUGAUGCCUCAUACUUUGGGGGAGUUUUAAAAUGUUUUGAAGUAACAAAAAAACAACUGGAAAGUGGAUUCUUGUAUGAACACCACACUGGUAAUUUACCCGUUAAAACUGCAAGUCCAGCAUGUGAAGUAGAGUGGAUAAAUAGGCGAGACAUGAUGAUGUUCACCAUCACGUCCGCAUCGUUAAUGUGCAAAUCCAUACAUGCGAAUGCCUGCGUGAGGCAUUGAUUGUCUUACAUGUUUUACGGAAGAAGUAUUUUUGUAGCUUACCAUCUAGCUAGUGUUUAAAUGAUUUUGUUCUUUAUUUAGGUUGUAGAAAUUUAGAGCUUUACAUCAUUUUUGAUUCAUACAAUUCACUAGAAGAGAUUUUAGUACAUAUUAUAGUAAACAACACUCCUGCACACAUGAACACACAUAUACUCUUAAGUCUUUCUAUAAUCCAUCAGUGUCUCAGGGCAUCCCCACUGCUCUCUGUUUACACACAGUACACUGCCUAAAACAGAUCUCACUGAUAGCCUGUUUGAAAUCCAGUCUGUUAGUGCUUAAUGUCUGUACUGGUGCUUUUAGAUAUUUAUUUCCUCGGGAGUCCCAGAAAAAGAUGAGAAGAGGACGGACGGCAAGUGAAUCGUUCAAAAGUAUCGCUGAAGUUGGGCCAGUAACAUGCAGGUGUCUUUCGUUGAACUGUAAAGGGGAACAGGGUGUCCUGGAUGUCUUCACGAGUACAGUGAUUGUGUUUUUGUGGCUGUAUGUUUAUUGUGUAUUUACAGAGUAUACACACAUGUCUGUAUUUUGUCUCUUAGUAAAUAAAAACCACUGACUAAGGUUUGAAUUUGUA